AUGAGCGCUCCAUCGAGCACGAUUGCCAAAAAGAAACGCGAGUUAGAAGCUCUUGAACUGGAGAUUAAACGUGCUAAAGGUGUUGCUUUCAAGUUAAUGAAUGCUCCACAAGAAUAUCAAGCACCAAAUGGUCAAACAGUUGGCGAUCUCGAAAAGGAACUUCAAUCUAUUCGCAAGGUAUUACAUAUUCCUGAAGAUGAUUCUGAAACAGAUCUUAUUGAAUUGCUCAAUGAUAAAAUUUCUCGUAGAACUGAAGCAUACGAGGGAUUGAAGAACGAAAUCGCUGAAAUGAAAGAAAAGAUUGGCAAAAAACAGUCUGUUGCUGACGAUCUUCAACAACAAAUUGACGAACAAUUGAGAAUUCAAGAAAAAGCUCGCAAAAAGAACAGAAUGAAUUCUGAUAUCAAUUUACCAGAAAUACCAUUUGGCAAAAAUGAUGUUACCGAGCCAAUUGUCGAUAAUCUUUCUAAAUAUAAAAUCGAAUUAGGUAAAUUGAAAGCAGAUUUUGAUAAGAUCAAGCUUGAUAUUACUGCAUACUUUGAUAAUUACAAGAAACAAUUUAAUAAUCAGAUUAAAGAUGAAAUGGAAAAAAGAAGAAAACAAAUUUUAGAAAAACGACAGAUAUGUCUCGAAUUACAAAAGCAUGCACAAGAACUCGAAGAGCAGCAUAAUAAACUACAGCAAGAAUUACAAAAUUACCAGAUUAAUCCAACAGAUGAAAACGAUGGCACAGAUAUGCCAACGCAAUCACCAGAAGAAGCUCAGAAAGAGUUUGAUGAUCACAUCAGGAGCUUCGUUGACGUAUUCGACAAGUUCAAAGACACUCAUACUGAUCAUUGCGAAGAUUUAUUGAAAGAAUUUAAUUUGAAAGUCGACAAUUUGGAACCAAAAACCAUCGAAUUACAUGAUAAGCUUAGUAAAUUAGGUGAAAAAGUACAACAAUCUAAGGCAGUUGAUCAAACCGUUGUUAGAGACCAAGCAAACAAUUUAAUGAGAGAUUUCUUGAAGACAUUAUGGAUGAAGGAGAGACUGAAAUUGAUUCUCAACGAAAUGGAGCCAAAAUUAAAAGAACAAGCAGAUAAAUUCGAAGAACAAAUCGCAAAAGAAAAAGAAAUGACAGGAAAAGUUAUCUACGAAAAUCUUACGAUCAAUGAAAUCAGAAAACUUAUCAUCCUGUUCAUUAAAGAAAAUGCUCAAAUUAACCUUGCAAAUGAAGCUAUGCAGAACGACUACAAGGAGAAAACAAGAGAACUUGGCUUACUUUCUAGUCCGAAAUAA